GAUAAGAUCAUAGAUGCGUAUUAUCUUAUCUCCCCUCAGUCACGCAUUCGGAACCGUGGACAUUGAAACUCCGCUUACUUGCCUCCUGCUUAGCGCGCGCUCUGCUUGAACCAUCACGACAAGUAUCGAAACAUGAGCCAUCGCGGUAGUGACAGAGGACGGGGAGCUCCGCCCCAUGGGGGUCCUCGCGGAGGUGGACCUACUCCUCGAGGCGCCAGUCCAGACCGAGGUCGCGGAGGUGGUUAUGCAGGCCGGGGUGGAGGCGGAGGCGGAGAUCGGGGAAGGGGCGGGGGAUUUGAUCGAGGAAGGGGCGGGGGCUUUGAUCGUGGACGGGGUGGCGGCGGUGGCUUCGACCGUGGUCGAGGGGGCGGGCGCGGGGGUCGCCCUGUCGGUGGUGUCUUCCUCGCUGAUGUCCCCGCAACCGUCGACGCUCGUCUGUCUGAUAGUUCUGAUCUCGCACUUGUCCAAUCGUUCCGCAGUGUCCCGAUUCAAAGUGGCGAGAUUCCUCUGCGUCCUGAUUAUGGCACCGUUGGCAGACCGAUCAAGCUUCGAGCCAACUUCUUCCCCGUCCGUGUCCGAGUUCCUGAUGGAGCGUGGUUCGAAUACGAUGUCAGCAUUACCCCCGUUGCGGGGACUGCAGCGCGGAGGGUGAAGAAGCGGAUCUUUCAUUUGGCCGAACAGUCCCGGGAGUGGACUCAAUACGAGCUGAAGGACAAUGUGGCUCACGACUAUUCGGCAAAACUCAUUGCUGCGAAGAAGCUGCGUCAGCCACUCAACAUCACCGUGGUCUUCCACGACGAGGACGAAGAAGUACCGAAACCAAAAGACAAAGGUUAUAAGGAGUAUACUCUGAGCAUCAAAUUCGUGCAGAACUUGGACAAAGCCGCGCUUGCCAGCUACCUGAAUGGCGAUAUCCAAUACCGCAACUACGACAUCUUUCCGCUCAUCUCAGCGAUGAACCUCAUUCUUGCCACUCAUCCUAAUCGUCCCGGCGGUGGCGUCAUGGUUGGGCGCAACCGGUUCUUCUUCCCCACUGAGAACGUACCUUCUCCUUUGGGCGGAGGUCUCGAAGCAUUCCGCGGUUUCUUCUCGUCGGUUCGGCCCGCUCACAAACAGCUCAUGGUCAACGUCAAUGUCUGCACGACUGCUUUCUAUGUUCCGGGAAAUCUUGCCGACGCCAUCGACCAGUUUACGCGGUCCAGUUUCGGCGCACGAGCAACUGCUUUUGCGAAAGGUGUUCGCGUCAAGGCCAUGCAUCUUGGCUAUAAGAAGACCGUCAAACGGGUCGCGGACAAGUCUGCACGCCAGUAUACCUUCGAAUGCUCGGACUUUGGUGGCCAGCGAGUCUCGGUCGAGCAGUAUUUCAAACGCAAGUAUAACAUUACGCUUCGCUAUCCUGAGCUGCCGCUCGUCGAUGUUGGUGGGACCAAAGCGAACUUUUUGCCUGCCGAACUCUGUGAAAUCCUACCUGGGCAAGCAUUCAAGGGCAAAUUGACGGACGAGCACACUUCCGAGAUGAUCCGUGUGGCUGCUCAGCCUCCGAAUGUUAACGGGAAUGCCAUCGUCGAACGCGGUCUCGCGCAGCUGGGGUAUAAUACCGAUUCCGGUGCCUUGAAAGGAUUCGGACUGAGCAUCGGCAAGGAGAUGGCUGUUGUGCCCGGGCGAAUCCUGGCUCCGCCAGGCAUCGAGUACGCCAAAGGUCGUCCGGACGUCGACGACUCCAAGGCCAGCUGGAAUCUUCGUAAUGUCAAGUUCAAGCGCGGGGCGACUCUGAAGAACUGGGCUGUGCUCCUCAUCCGCGAUGGCAACCGGAGAACGGAAUUCGACGGCCUGAAUGAUCCACAACUCAGACCCACGGUUCAAGGCUUCGCCGGCAUGUGCACUACGUCAGGCAUGCAGGUUGCGGAUGCGCCCGAAUAUGUGGAGGCAUUCAUGCCUCCGAAGAAUGCACAGGAUCCCACCCGAUUCAACGCCAUCACGGUCAUCGACAAGGCGCUCAAGACGCUCAAACGCAAGCCGACGAUCGUUCUCGUCCUCCUAUCCAGCGGUGACAAGCAUAUCUAUGCCGGAAUCAAGCACUUGAUGGACGUCCACCUUGAUAUCGGCUCGGUCUGUGUCCAAUCUGAGAAGAUACGAUCGGAGCGAGGACAAUUGCAAUACUUUGCCAACGUCGCGCUCAAGUUCAACAUGAAGCUUGGAGGAAUCAACCAUUCAUUGGACGCGCGAAGUGUUGCCUGGUUGAAUGAAAAACCGAUCAUGUUGGUCGGCGUCGACGUGACACAUCCGGGCCCUGGCUCCGUCAAGGGCACGCCGUCCGUGUCCGCAGUCGUCGCCAGCAUCGACAAUCAGUUUGCUCAGUUCCCUGCGAGUAUGCGCAUCCAGGAAACCAAAAAGGAGAUGGUGACCGAGAUGGAAGACAUGAUGGUCGAACGGUUGAAGGCUUUCCAAGGCCGGAACCAGAACAAGCUUCCGGAUCGCAUUCUUGUCUACCGAGAUGGUGUGUCUGAAGGGCAAUUCAAGAUCGUCCGGGAGGACGAGCUGCCUUCAAUGAAACGAGCCUUCAAGCGGUUCGGACCCAAGUACAGCCCGAAACUCAGCAUCGUUAUCUGCGGCAAACGUCACCACACGCGAUUCUACCCAACAGAGGCUGGAAAUGCUGCGAACGACGGGAAUCCCCGACCUGGAACGGUGGUUGAUCGAGGAGUCACGGCCGUGUACGAAUUUGACUUCUUCCUGCAAGCGCAUGGCGGACUGCAAGGGACGACACGGCCGACACAUUACUACGUCGUGCACGACGAGAAUCAGUUCAACGCCGACCGGCUGCAACAGCUGACCAACUCUGUCAGCUACAUGUUCGCUCGGGCCACGAAAGCGGUGUCCCUAGUCUCACCUGCGUAUUACGCGGAUCUGGCCUGCGAAAGAGGGCGGUGUUAUCUGCACCGGCUGCUCCAAGGCCUCUCGAACUCAGCCUCGACAUCGGCGAGUGGUGCGUCUGCCGAUGAAGCUGUUAUGAAGGAGGCUAGCCAAAUGUGGCGGGGCGGUGUCAGUGGCCCGCAGCUCAGCAACACGAUGUAUUAUCUCUAGGAAGUAUCAUGUAUCGCUCUCUGUCCUUGUAGUUUUAUUUAGUGCCUAGACGGUAUCUCGUUCUGACAAUGUAGCCAUCUCGCAUAUCCUGA